AUGCCAUCUUUCGCCCGCGCCGAAACAGCCAUGGUUGGGAUUGACCAGGCUUUCCUGAAGCCAUCUACCAAGCUCCUCGCAACUGAAGUAGACUCUCUUGCAAAAUCCGAUCCAAGACGCAGAUUUGGCUUGAUUCCCAAGAGCAACCAAAUCGAAGAUGGGUUCCGAGAGAUCACGUUCCUCGAGCUGUCACGAGCAGUGAAUGCUACGUCAUGGUGGAUUGAAACGCACAUUGGAAGACCAACGAAGGGAGAGACUAUCGCGUAUAUGGGGAACAAUGACGUUCGGUAUAUCCUGUUUAUGCUCGCAUCGCACAAGUUGGGCUGCACGAUAUUCUUUCCUUCCACUCGGCUGUCGAAUGAAGCUUACGCUCAUGUUAUUGAAGCGACAAACUCCUCCAAGUUGUUGUUCAGCCAUGAGAAGCUCCACAGAGUACUGGAACUCCAGAAAUAUAUGGCCCUCAACUCUGUAGAGGUUCCCAGCAUUGAUGAUAUCCUUGGCGAUGCUCGUGGGCUGGAGCAGUACUGCUUUGAAAAAAGCUAUGGGGAAAUUGAGGACGAAAUUGCCUUCAUGAUUCACAGUUCUGGCACAACCGGAAUGCCAAAGCCUGUUCCCCUCACUCAUGGUUUCCUCGGCACAUGGGAUGUCGCGGCACAACUCCCUCGCCCUGAAGGUCGUCAGUCAUCCUUCUUCAACCACCUGGGCCCGGCCGAUUUGGUCCUGUCGUGCACGCCGUAUUUCCACCUCAUGGGCUUGAUCUCAUUCUUUGAGUCUAUCUUGCACAAUAUUCCUUUCGUGUCAAGCCCCGACAAACCUCUAUCGGUGGACUUGCUCGUCACUGUCUUGCAAGAAGCAAAGCCCACUGCAACCAUCCUGCCACCUUCGAUCCUAGAAGACAUGAGUCAAUCAGAGGAGGCGCUUGAAUGCCUCCGUACACUUGACUUCGUAUGCUUUGGAGGCGCUCCCCUGGCGCCUGAAAUCGGCCAAAAGCUGAGUCAAUAUACAGAAUUGAGAACGGUCAUUGGCUCCAGCGAAAUGGGUAUUAUCAAUUCCCUUGUUCCUUUUGGUGAAGGCAAUUGGGGAUACUUCGAAUGGAACCCAGCAUAUAACAUUGAUAUGCAACAAAUUGGGGAUGGGCUGUACGAGCUUGUCAUCCCUCGAACUCAACAGUCUCGCCUCAUACACGGCGUCUUUCACACCUUCCCCACUUUGAAGGAGUAUAGAUCUAAGGAUUUGUUUACGAAGCAUGCCUCCAAUGACCUGUUGUGGAAGUAUCACGGUCGUUUGGAUGAUGUGAUCGUACUCAACAAUGGAGAGAAACUGAACCCAGUCACUUUGGAGAAGAUGGUCGAGGAUCAUCCUUCCGUGCAUCGCGCAUUGCUGAUCGGCCAGGGCAGAUUCCAGUCUGCUUUGCUGAUCGAACCAACACAGGGAGCUAAACUGAUAGAUGAUGAGAAAAAGUUCGUCGAAAUGAUUUGGCCACAAGUGGAAAAGGCCAAUGAAAUGGUUCCCAACUAUGGCCGAGUCAUGAAGAAUAUGAUUCGACUUUCAUCACCUGACAAGGCUUUUAGACUUACCUCGAAGGGCACGACACAAAGACACACCGUGAACAAUGAUUAUGCCCAAGAAAUUGACGACCUUUAUGCCACUAAAUAUGAUCAGCUGGAGAUGCAGCUGCCUUCACCUGUGAACUUGGAGAACAUGAAAGGGUACCUACACAACGUCAUCUCACUCCUAUCUGGCGAGUUAGACUUCAGUGAUGCCGACGAUCUAUACAGCUUGGGAAUGGACUCACUACGCACGAUCCAAUUGAGCAAGCUAUUGAAGAAUGCUGUUCGUGCCGAUAGCCCCGACUUGAACAUCGAUUUCAUCAGCCUUCAGAACAUCUACGCCCAUUCGACCGUCAACAGACUGACUGAGAUGAUGAUGAGUGGUUUCAAGGGAGAGCAGGCCACGACUACAAAGGUUUCACGGGCUGACAAGCUUGCCAAUCUGAUUUCAAAAUAUACGAGCGACCUUCCCACCCGUUCCGUGAAACUGUCCCAGCCCGCCGAAGCUUCCACUGUGAUUCUUACUGGGUCCACCGGCUCCCUAGGCACAUAUCUACUCCAGAGUCUCAUUAACCAAGAAAAUGUCAACAAAAUUUACUGCUUCAACCGCACCAAAGAUGCCGCCGCUCGCCAAGUGGAAAGCUUCCAGUUCAAAGGUCUUCCAGCAUCCUCACUAUUCGACUCAAACAAGGUCGAGUUCCUGCACGUAUCUUUCGGCGAGUCGCAGUUUGGCCUUGCUUCUGACAAGUACCAAUCACUCCUUGACGAAGUGGACCUCAUCAUCCACAAUGCGUGGAAAGUGAAUUUCAACCACCAAGUCGAAUCUUUCGAACAUCCACAUCUGUUCGGAAUGCGCGAAUUCGUCAACCUCAGCCUGAACGGUCGCUAUAACGCUCAUGUAGCUUUCAUCUCAUCGGUCAGCACAAUCGGAGGCUGGGUGUCUGAAACCAUGGGCCCAGUUGUUCCCGAGGUAGCAAUGGAAAGCAUCGAGCAGGUUCUCGAGCAAGGGUACGGCGAGUCAAAGUUUGUGGGUGAAAGUAUCUGCGUGGAGGCAUCACGAAAGUCUGGCGUGCCGACAAGCAUUUUCCGUGUUGGCCAGAUUGCCGGUCCUGAUACUCGGAUGGGACUUUGGAACCCACAUGAAUGGAUUCCGACCCUUGUGGCUACAUCCAAGGCGAUGGGUAAAGCUCCGGCAGAGCUGGGUGGGUAUGCUAUUGAUUGGGUUUCUGUAGAUGCCUUGGCCAAUAUCACGCUUGAAAUCCUUCAAACACGCCGCUCGGUCCUCUCAGAGGAACCCAAUGCCGUCUUCCAUCUGACAAACCCCAACCGCAGCAAGUGGUCCUCGCUCAUUCCCGCCAUUCAGGAUAAGUACCCCUUACAGGUGGUUUCUCUCGAGGACUGGCUCGAUGAGCUCGAGGCAAUCAGUGAUCCGUCCGAACAGGAAAUCCUUGAGAAGCCGGCCUUGAAGAUGCUUCAGUUUUAUCGAGGUCUCACGAGUGACAGCACGCUGUCAGCGGAGAUUAGUGUUGGCCAGGCGAAACAGGCGAGCAAGACUAUGGCGAUGUUGGGACCAGUCUCUCGCGCUCAGAUGUCGAAUUGGAUCAACCAGUGGGGCUUCUAA